AUGGGGCCCCCCGGCAACCACCAUCGUCGGCGCAGCUCCAUGCUUACCGGGACAGGGCGAUCACAACCUCCAACAGAUCGAAGAGAUGAGGGUUUGUGGUCGCAUACGGAUGGAUCGAACAAGCGCGAUGAGCAAGAACCCUUGACGGCCGAGGAUACUGAUGCGUCCGAACACUCGUCCGCCGCCGAGAGCCUGGAGCUGGACCCGAUCAGCUCGGACGAUGACCAAUAUGACGAGGAAACCGGACUGACCACAAACCAAAGACGUCAGCGACGUCGGCGGCGAAGACAGCGCCGCAAGCUGGACGCUCGAAUCGCCGAUGUCAAGGGCCAGGGAAACAUUCGCGAGAUCCUCUCGGAUCGCAAUGUGGUGAAGAGGCUGCUCAUCAAUGGCGCGCUAAUCCUGAUGUGGUACUUCUUUUCCUUAUCCAUCUCAGUAUAUAACAAAUGGAUGUUCUCCGAGAGCGACGUCGUCUUUCCUUUCCCUCUUUUCACAACAAGCUUACAUAUGCUUGUUCAAUUCUCUCUCGCUACAUUAAUACUUUGGAUAUUCCCAUCGCUUCGCCCACGACAACACACAAGGUCUGCGACCACCUCUCCCAUCGAUGGCCCCGAGGAGCCACAACCUCUCAUAUCCAAAUUCUUUUAUUUUACUCGCCUCGUUCCAUGUGGUGCAGCCACCUCCCUUGACGUUGGCCUUGGGAACAUGUCCCUGAGGUUCAUCUCUCUUACUUUCCUGACCAUGUGCAAAUCAUCUGCCUUGGCCUUUGUGCUACUAUUCGCCUUCCUUUUCCGUUUGGAAUCGCCAUCUAUGAAACUCAUCAUCAUCAUUGCCACAAUGACCAUAGGUGUUGUGAUGAUGGUGGCUGGAGAAACUGCGUUCAAUGCAGUAGGCUUUUCGCUCGUCAUUGCAUCUGCAUUCUUCUCGGGAUUUCGAUGGGGGUUGACCCAGAUCCUCCUGUUGCGUCAUCCAGCCACCUCGAACCCUUUCUCCACUCUUUUCUUGCUUACUCCCAUCAUGUUCAUUUCUCUGAUCACCAUCGCUCUGUCCGUGGAAGGACCGCACGAGAUUUACAAAGGAUAUCUCAAACUCGCUAGCGUGCAUGGUGAUCUGAUGGGCUCUUUCCUCCUUAUCUUCCCUGGCGUUCUUGCAUUCUGCAUGAUAUCCUCGGAGUUCGCGCUUUUGAAGCGUUCUUCUGUUGUCACGUUGAGUAUCUGCGGCAUAUUCAAAGAAGUUGUAACAAUCAGCGCAGCGGGCAUCAUCUUCCAUGAUAAGUUGACUGCGGUCAACCUUACCGGAUUGGUUGUGACAAUCAGCAGUAUCGCAGCCUACAACUACAUGAAAAUCGCCGGAAUGCAGACCGAGCCCAAGGAGGAUGAUUGGAGCCGCGAGUCGAGCCCGAUGUCCGAGACCGAAGGCGAAGCCGACUACAGCGGUGGUGAGCGAGGUGAUUAUCGUCAAGUCGCGCCCCAGGACUCCACAAUCAUCAGUCCGGCACCUGGAACUCAGUUUAACGAAGAAGUUUCGCCAGCCGGUGAGCAACGCCGCUCGUUUCGAGUCCGCGCUAGCGGUGCCAGACAUGGCCUCUCCGUUUCCACCACCAUCCCAGAGGACGAUGGACUCCCGACGCCCAUAAAGUCCGCUCCCCCAACUAUCACAAACAUGGCUGAGGCAGGAUUUCCUCAGCUUCAUGCCUCCACCCGCGAAGCAUCACCGGCCAUACAAUCGACUUCGUCAGCUUCGCCUACCAGAAACCAACAUUUUACCUAG